CAAAAUCAAAUAACCAGUCAGUACAUUCAGUACAACAUCUUGACUGUUAAAUACCAUUUUUCUACUUUUUAUAUACCUGAGGAACCAUGCGACAGGACCUGAUGCCGUCGCUCAUUCCCAUUCGCAUGUAAUCGGCAUACUCGCCCCUUCUCAUGAAGAACUGGUUGCCCAUGAAGUUGGGACGGUCAUAGACCACAAAGCAGCCGCUCUCCACCCUGCAGGAGUUGCAGCGACUGAGGCUGAUGAUGGUUUUUGUCAUUCAAAUAGCCUGGAACCUGAUGAACAAGCAGAUUUUAUUCUAUGAAGACAGGAACUUCCAAGGAAGAUCCUAUGAGUGUAAGGGGGAAAUAAGUGACCUUCACUCUUUCAUUACUCGUUGUAAUUCAGCAAGGGUGAAAGGGGGCUUCUGGGUUCUUUAUGAGCGACCAAACUAUAUGGGUUAUCAGUAUGUUGUGGGCCCUGGGGAGUAUCCAGAUUAUCACCAUUGGAUUGGCUUCAAUGAUUCUCUCAGAUCAUGUCGUCCAAUCAGACAUGUCACUGAACAUCUCAAGCUGAAAUUUUUUGAGAGGCCCAACUUUGAUGGGCAAGCAUGGGAGGUUACAGAAAGCACCCCUUCUAUUCAGGAACGUUUUCUCUGCAGGGAGAUUCAUUCCUGCAAGGUCCAUGAAGGUCCCUGCGUGUUCUUCGAGCAUCCAAACUACCGUGGCCGCCAGUACCUGCUUGAGAAGGGAGAAUAUGGGCGCCAUACUGAAUGGGGAGCCAUGCAUCCCACUGUGGGCUCUAUUCGCCAGAUCACCAAAGACUGUUGAAUCUAGGUCAUUUACAGCUGUUGUACUGCAACUGAAA